ACCAAGGCAGCAAACAUGAAGUUAAUAAUUCCACUGAUAUUCUCAGUGUUUACAGUAUGCACUAUUAUGGCGGCCCCUAAAACCAGAGGGAUGUGUCUUAGUCUCUGUGGCAAGUAUGGGGUGGACUGUCCCUCGGGGUACGAGUGUCGAAGCAAUGGAUGUGGUCACGAAUGUUACAGACCUGCUAACUAUGUCGUUCCCGAGGGUUGUACUCCACUUCAUUGUGACCAUCACUGUCCACUCGGUUACCAGGUUGAUGAUUCCGGAUGUGACGUCUGCGCAUGCGAUUAUUCCGCUCUCUCGCACUCCAUGUAAUUUUAAUAUUCAAUU